AUGGCUCCUACCACCGAACCCGUAAAGACCGUCGAAUGGCAAGGCAGGCAGGUUCCUGUCUGGCCCAUGAGGACCAUCAAGUACGAUCUGCUCCUCUCGCAGGAUCCUGAGGAGGUCGAGAAGGUGCUCCAGGCUUGCCUUCAGGACGGUUACUUCCAGCUCGAUCUCGACAGCAUCGACGGCCGUCGCAUGCUCGAGGACCGUGAGCAACUUCUCAAGCUCAUGAACCGCUUCUUUGAUGCCCCCCUCGAGGCCAAGAACGAAUAUGGCUUGAUCGACUCCCAUCUUGGCUACGAGCCUGUCGGUAACCGCACUGGCGCCUUUGGUGCUGGCUCCAAGGACGGCUAUGAGAUGCUCAAGGUCUCGCGAGACGAGAUCCAGCAGGGCAGCCCUCGCGUCCCCUCCCCGAUCAAGAACAGCGGCGAUCUCCACCAGUUGGAGCAGGUCAUCGGCAGCUGCAACACCAUCACCAAGGUCAUCUUGGCAGCCCUCUCCACCGGCUUGAACCUGGCUGGCAAGGACCGCUUCGAGAACUCCCACCGCAACGACCGCCCCUCAGCCACCACUCUCUCCAUGAUGCACUACCUCCCCGCUGAGAUCACCGGCCAGCACAAGGUCGGCCACCAGAAGCACACCGACAUCAGCUCCCUCACCCUCCUCUUCAGCGACCAAUGGGGUCUCCAGGUCCGCCCCCCCGGAGAGUGCGGCGCCCUCGAGAUGGGCUUCGUCGAGCCCCAGAAGAACUGCGCCUUCGUCCACGUCGGCGAUUCCCUCCGCUUUGCCAGCGGCAUGAAGUUCCAGUCGUGCAUCCACCGCGUCGUACCCUUCGACCCCACCGAGCACCGGUACUCGAUCGCCUACUUCCUCCGCGCCGAGGACGACACCAUGUUCAUGGACUCGGAGGGACGCUAUGUCACCGCAAAGGACUGGCACGACCAGAAGUUCAAGGCGUUUACCGACCCUUGGUUCUACCAGGCUCAGGCGCCCAAGACGAUGAUUCUUGGAGGUAUGGUUGAGGCUGGCGCUGAUGACCCGGAGCCUGUCACCGCCUACGCCCCUCUCCCCGUUCAGAUGCCCGCUUGA